GGAUGACACAUUCUCACAAUAAUCAUCAUCACACCUCCAUUCAUCAUCAACUCUACCAACAAUAUUAACUCUUUCUUGCUACCAAGUCCAACAAUUAAAUCCGUUGCCACCAAUUUCAGCCCUUGACCAUAAUCUGUACACAGUGGAUUGACGAGCAGCGGAUAACCCUGAAAGGGCUGAAGACGUACGUUUGCCAUAUAUUAUUAACUGUUUAUCAACACCACGUCAUCCACAAUAUUAGUUGUUACUUGUUAGUGAGACUUUCAUGUCACAAGCUAUAUAACGCCGACAAGUCCAGCUAAUAUUUGGAUCUAUAUCCCAUAGAAAUUAUGUCGACUACAAGUACACUUCAGAAAGCGAUUGAUCUCGUAACAAAAGCAACAGAAGAAGAUAAAAAUCAAAAUUUCGAGGAAGCGCUACGAUUGUAUGAACAUGGUGUAGAAUAUUUCCUGCAUGCCAUUAAGUACGAGACACAAACCGAUAAGUCGAAGGAAACGAUUCGUCAAAAGUGUGUACAGUAUUUGGACAGAGCAGAAACCAUCAAAAAAUUUCUAAAAAACUCGAAGGGAAACAAUAAAGGAAAACCGGUGAAAGAAGGUGGAACAACAAAAAAGAGUGGGGAUAAAGAUAGUGACAGCGACAGCGAUGGAGAUGACCCAGAAAAGAAAAAAUUGCAGAACAAACUAGAAGGCGCAAUUGUUGUAGAGAAACCAAAUAUAAAAUGGUCUGAUGUGAUAGGGCUUGAGGGUGCAAAGGAAGCUUUGAAGGAAGCUGUGAUUCUGCCUAUUAAAUUUCCACAUUUGUUUACCGGAAAAAGGACCCCAUGGAAGGGGAUCUUAUUGUUUGGCCCUCCCGGAACAGGAAAAUCGUACUUGGCGAAAGCCGUCGCAACUGAAGCUAAUAAUUCAACCUUCUUCUCGGUAUCGUCAUCAGAUCUUGUGUCCAAGUGGCUGGGAGAAUCUGAAAAACUCGUCCGAAACCUGUUCGAACUUGCGAGAACCCACAAGCCGUCAAUUAUCUUCAUUGAUGAAAUUGAUUCUCUUUGCUCCUCCAGAUCCGAUAAUGAAUCGGAAAGCGCAAGAAGAAUCAAAACAGAAUUUCUUGUACAAAUGCAAGGAGUUGGAAAUGAUACAGAAGGGAUAUUAGUACUUGGAGCAACAAAUAUUCCAUGGGUUUUGGAUGCUGCCAUUCGGAGAAGAUUCGAAAAAAGGAUUUACAUACCACUUCCCGAAAGUUCGGCUCGAACCAAUAUGUUUCGUGUUAAUUUGGGAAAUACACCAAAUAGCCUUACGGAUGAAGAUUUUAAAUUGCUUGGAUUGAAAACGGAGGGUUAUUCCGGAGCUGACAUCAGCAUUGUCGUCCGAGACGCACUAAUGCAACCAGUGCGAAAAGUCCAGACGGCGACCCACUUUCGUAAAAUCACGGGACCCUCCAGAGACAAUCCUAACGUAAUGGUGGACGAUUUAUUGUCUCCAUGUUCUGCAGGCGUACCUGGAGCAUUCGAAAUGACUUGGCAAGAUGUUCCUGGAGAAAAACUGGCAGAACCUCCAGUGACGAUGAGCGACAUGCUAAAAUCAUUGUCCACGUCGAAGCCUACUGUAAACGAUGAAGACUUGAAAAAGCUAACCAAAUUCACCACUGAUUUCGGACAAGAGGGAUAAGUGGCGUGAAUUUUAUGAUGACAUAAGAUGAAACCGUUAAUAUUAAAGAUUAUUCCUAAUGAUAAUAAUUAUUCAGUUCCGUGCUUUAUUACAUUAUUAUAUUAUCAUGCAGCGUAAAUUUACAUAGAAUAAUUGUAAAUACCAACAACUAUUUACCAUAUUAUUCAAGCCUAUAUUAAAAUCUUUUGGUAUGCAUUUAAAAUAUUGGAAUUGUUUUUUAAACAACAAUAAACUCAAAGCUGUCAUGUUUCAGACAUUAUACAUAAACAAAACAGGAUAAAUAUAUGGUGAUGUAAAACUUUUAUCAUGAUGAGCGAAUAAGAGACAAACACGUAUGCAUUUUUAUACUUUUAUUAUUAUUAAUUCAAAUACGUUCAGUUCAACACAAAGACAGAAACCCAUUGUCACAUUCUAAAUAAAUCAACUUUUUAGAUAAAGUUUUCAAACAUAAAAUAUAAAUUCAUUCCAGUAAUUAAAAACUU